AUGAGUGAUACGACUCUCCAGACCUAUCAACUCUUUGCGGAGGACUCCAAUAUCUGGAUCGAGGCCCAGAAGCAUGCCGCCUCGGGAAAUAGUUAUCUGCCCAUGUUAACUGACCGGGACCGUGACCCGCGCCUCCGCAUCGACAUCGGGCAACUCAUCCAAAGGCUCUGCGGGAGCCGAAAUCGGGGUGGCCUGUUCCUUUAUGGUUCGCACCCACCGCCAAACGACACAGUUUGGGAAGCAUUUAAAAGGAAUGACUUCAAAACUAAGAUAUUCGACCGCUCAUAUGGCGGCAAGGAGAAACAAGUGGACGGCAGCAUGGGCACGGACAUUGCCAGAAUUGCCACUGAGCUCCGUAUCGGGGCGCAGUAUAACCCCGAUGUCAAAGCAGAGCUAGAAAGCACCGUCUUCAUCGUAAUUACCGGGGAUCGGGAUCUGAUGCCGUCGAUCGAGUUGGUCUUGAACUGCAAAAUCCACGUCGAAUUAUGGGCCUGGAGAGACGGGAUCUCAAAGGAGUACCUCAAGUUGGAUGCGAAGAACGGGCAACUCUCGGUCAACCUCCUGGACGACGCGUUCGGCGAGAUCUUUUACUUGAAUUUUCUCUCCACCAGGCGCAGCAAUCGCGUUUGCCCCGACAAGGCGUUGAUACUCGUUGUGGAUGAUGGGAUUCGCAACGUCGUGCGCUUUGUGUCUGGGGAGCUUUUGUCCCUCUCACGCCUGUUUUACCUUUACCCUCCUCAGGACGAGGCACCGUACGUAGUGGUGGAAUUCCCAGAAAUCAGGGCAACCAGCGACCUCGAGAGCAUUAUCCAAAAUGUACGGGUCAUCUUUGAGGACACGUGCAGCGUAGUCUCGUGGCCCGAGUACAUGUCUCGCAACAACAAUAGCGCACCUUGCGUGAUCGAGACCAGCAACGUCUACCAGCCGCUCCGCCCCACCGAGUCACCGGCGGGCGGCUUGGUCAGUCCUACGAAUAGGCUCCCCAGGGCGAACACGAUGCGUGGUGCUGCGCCUGGAGAUAGGCCGGCGCAAGACGUGGAGCAGCAGGACGGCUCGCAGGGCCCCGGCGACUCACAGCCCUGGCAGACGGUGACACGAUCGACCCCCAACAGCGACCAUCGCCGCGCCAUGCGCAACUCCCAACGCUGCUCGAAAGCCAUACGUUGUAACAUGAAAGGCGAAUGCGGCUACAAGCAUACCGACCACGAGCGUAGCUUGUUUCGGGAAUACCCGAACCAUGACUUCCGGAUGUGGAAGUCCGGCAGCCUCCGAGAAGUAGGGAAAUCGGACAUAGUGGUCCAGCUGCUCCGCCAUCUGUCCCACAACCGAGACGACAACGUCCCCAUUGCCCACGCCACCUCGGGAUGUGUGUUAGCCGACUGGAGUAGGUUCGCGAGACUUGGCAUCGACGGUAACCUUGGGGGCGAGGACAUCAGGGUCUUGAAGGCCCGACUUAUUCGAGAUCCUCGCACCCCAUGUCAGCUGGGCAUCGUGCUAUGGUACGAGUGCCCUGGCGAGAUAAGGUUCUCGCCUUCGCGGGAGCCCGCGUACGACGACCUCUGGGAUUACACCAACGACGACCUUGUGCGGGCGCCAUGA